AGGAGAAACUGUGCGUUUUGCAUUCAAGUCUCAGUUGUAAAGCAACUUUUAGGGUCAUCAAACGCUUUAUAGCGACCCUUUUGUAACUUUGCGCGUCAAAUAUAUUGAUUUGUGUAUCAAAAUGUCAAAAACACGUUAUUAAAAAGUGUUACGGAGUUGUUUCGUUGUGUUGUUGGAAUUUAAGUCGACAAAAAACUAUUUGGAAGUGGUUGCCGCGAGUUGUCACUGUAUUCAUGUACUAUGUCAUACAUCGGUAUCGACGUGUAAAUUCUGGUUAAGUUACAAAAGUAAGGUUUCAUCGAGCUUGUGUCGGUUAAAGUGAAACUAUGGUUUAUUCGUGAGGUGCGGUUUUAUUGCUGUUCGUUAAUUCAGUGCUGGAUAUGGAAGGAAUGCUUUGGAGGUGAAAAAUGUGCAAGAAUAUUUUCUACGUGAAAUCUGUCAGGAAAAAGUGGAGUACGAAAUAGAUCGGCACCAUGUCAAGCGGUGGUUGCUCCGGGCCAGGGGUAUGCGGGGGGGCGCGGCGUCGGCCCCCGCCCCCACCAGAGCCCGCACUCUCCCUCGCCGCGGACCUCAGCGAGCUGAGUCUGGACCAGGGCUACCACACGCUGGCGGACUGCGGCCCGCCCAGACGAAGAAGAGAUAAUACGCUCAGUGAUGCGCUCUGGUUGAAGAUCUUGUCUUAUUUAGAUAUAUCGGAGCUAUGCCGCAUGUCGCGUGUAUGCCGCCGCUGGGCGCGGUUCGCGUCAAGGCUGGCGGCGCAGCCGGAGCCAUGGCGGCGGGUACGCGCGGCCGGUGCACUGGAGCUGGCAGCGCGCUGCGCCGGCGCACGCGCGGGUCCCUGCGUCACCGCUGUAAGGGAGUGGCGGAUAAAAAAUUGUGUGGUGUCGGUAGCUGGGGCACAACUCCUGGCUGCGACGUUCAGGAAUCUGACUCACCUAGCGAUCACGGGCGCGACUAGUAUGGACGCCAGAGCACUCGCCCCUAUCGUCACUGAUCUGGUCGAUUUAAGGCAUCUUGAUCUUACGGGAUGUCCGAACGUCGACUGGCCAGAAUGGGCGUGGCUGGAGAGCCGGUUAGCAACGCGAAGGCCUCCCGUGGAAUACAUAGAUCUGACGGACUGCAGCGGCGUGAGUGACGCCGGUCUGUGCGCGUUGCUGCACACAUGCCCCUCACUGCAAUACCUCUACCUUAGACGGUGUACUCUAGUCACAGAUGCAGGCGUGCGAUGGAUCCCAUCGUACUGCGCGCUCAAGGAGCUGAGCGUAUCGGACUGUACGGGCGUCACUGACUUCGGCCUGUACGAGUUGGCCAAGCUAGGACCCGCGCUACGCUACCUCUCUGUUGCCAAGUGCUCGCAGGUGUCAGAUUCUGGUAUAAGAACAUUAACGCGCCGCUGCUACAAGCUGCGGUAUCUAAACGCACGCGGUUGCGGUGCAGUUGGAGACGACGGAGUAGAGGCGAUCGCGAGGGGCUGCUCGCGGCUGCGGGCGCUCGACCUCGGCGCUACUGAUGUCUCUGAAGCUGGAUUACAGAUCCUAGCACGUUGCUGUCCUAACCUAAAGAAGCUGGCUCUGCGCGGUUGCGAGCUGGUCGGUGACGACGGGCUGGAGGCGGUGGCGUACUACUGCCGCGGCCUCACGCAGCUCAAUAUACAGGACACACCCGUCACGCUGCGCGGAUAUCGCGCCGUCAAGAAGUACUGCAAGCGCUGCGUCAUUGAACACACCAAUCCUGGCUUCUGUUGAUGGCGUAUGCAUAGGCUCAAGUGGUUGUGGUACUACAGAAUCGAACACAUCAGCCCGGCUUUUGUUAAUAAAAAGUGCAUUCUCUAAAGUGGGUGGGACGGCAGUAGACUAGGACAAUGCAUGGUGAAUUGUAAGUCGUCCGCGGCAUGUUUUAUAAGGAUGUGCAUAAAAUAAGUGAUGGUUCUGGUUGCAGGGUGAGACACAAAAGUGUGACAGACCUUACAAUAUAAAGAUAAAGAUGUACACACAUUGAAAGUAAGUGUUAUUGUACAAAUAUUA